GUCGCCUCUUCUGAAAUGAAGAGGAGUAUAAAUAGACCCAAUUCUGCAACUCAGAGCAGCCACACAGCAAAAACUAUUAGCGGGAAAAGUCUCUGCAUCCUGAAUGAGCAAAGAGAAAACAUGAAUAUCACUCUGGUCCUACUAUUCAUGGCCCCCCUUGCUCUUUCAGCAGACAAGGAUUAUUUCUCCGUUGAUUCUGCUGGAUCUCCUGAGACCAAAUCCAGAUUUGCCAUGUUGGAUGAUGUACGAAUCUUGGCCAACGGACUCCUGCAGCUCGGGCACGGCCUGAAAGACUUUGUCCACAAGACCAAGGGGCAGAUGAAUGACAUCCUUCAAAAACUUUACAUUUUUGACAGGUCCUUUUACGAGCUCUCCGUGCAAACCAGCGAAAUCAAGGAAGAAGAAGAACAGCUCAGGCAAACCACAGCCAGACUGCAGAUCAACAAUGAGGAGAUAAAGAAUCUCUCCCAGGAGAUGAAUCUGAAGAUCGAAGACCUCAUUCAAAACAAAAUCCAGCUGCAAGAGAAAGUGUGGGGACUGGAGGACAAAGUCACCAAACUGGCCAUCAUCCAGCCUUUGAUGCAAGAGACAAAAGAGAUUUCUUCACUCAAAGCUUUUGUGGAGCAGCAGGAUAAUGACAUCAAGCAGCUUCUCAAAAUUGUGGAGGACCAGCACGCACAGCUUGACAGGCAGCGCAACCAAAUCAUGGAGCUGGAGGACAAGCUAAAUCACAUAGAGCUCCAGGAACUCACAGAGAACUCCUUCACGGAGGAGCAACCAGAACCAGAGACUAUCCCCUUUCCUGUGCUCAAAGCCACAGCUGGAAGAUACAGAUCUGAUGGUGCUGCUCCUGACUGCACUGCUCUCUAUCACAGUGGGGAGCGGUUCAGUGGUGUUUACACCAUUAAGCCCAACGGCUCAGAAGCCUUUGAUGUCUACUGUGAAAUGAAAUUUGGCACCUCCUGGACUGUAAUCCAGAAGAGAGUGGAUGGAUCACUGGAUUUCAACCAAACCUGGGAUGCCUACACAAAGGGUUUUGGUGACCUCAAUGAGGAAUUCUGGCUGGGCCUGAACAAGACCUAUUCCAUCACUAAACAAGGGGAUUAUAUCCUACGGAUUGAGCUGCAGGACUGGAAAGGAAACAAACGUCACAUCGAGUACUUGUUCAGCUUGGGAGGCCCCGACACCAACUACACCCUCCAGCUUUCCAGGAUCUCCGGGAGCAUUCCCAACGCCCUCCCAGAGCAGACAGAGCUGCAGUUCUCGACUGCAGACCACGAUGUGGACACAAAACACGACUCCAACUGCCCACAAAACUUCCUAGGAGGCUGGUGGCACAGUGAGUGUGAGGAAACCAACCUGAACGGGAAAUACGUCACACCGAGGUCCAGGGCAAGACUAGACAGAAGAAAAGGCCUGUACUGGAAGCCUAAGAAAGGAAGAUACUACUUUCUCAAGUCAACUAAAAUAAUGAUACACCCAACGGAUUUAAAAAGCUUCGACUGAGGGCUCGACCUGAUGCAUUUUAAUUCAGAACAUACUCACUGAACGUUACCACAUCAAAGGACUCCAUGUUUUGUUUACUAACAGAUGCCUGUCUCAAUCCAUACCCUGUAUGGAGUCUUCUCCAAUACAUAAACCUGAGGCAUCUGAGAUGGUCUUACAAUACAUCUGGUGAGUAUUUUUAUUCCCUCAAGCCUCAAUGUCAAUGUGGAGCUUUUACCUCCCCAGGAUGAAUUCUAAUGCUUCGGAGUCAACCACCUACUCAUGUACUGAAUAAUAUUGCUUGGGGGAAUGGGUUUUCAGGCUGUUGCAUUUGUUUUUGGGUUGAGUGGUAGGGAAAACAAAAAGUGUUUCAGGAAAAAAAAGGUCUGGCAUGAUGGUAUGGAAAAACAUUUAGGUGUUAACCUAUAGGGAAAAAAAAGAAAUUUUGUUUCUUAAAGUAACUAAUUUGAUGUUCAUUUUACUGUUGUGGAAUGUUUUUGUGAGCAAAUGGAAGAUGGGUAAUUCCCCCUUGUAGGGCUCUGUGUAUUUCCAGGGAAGUUCUCAGCAGUGUAGCUGAGGCAAAUCAUCUCUGGAGCACUGUACUCACACAGUUACAGGUGUGUGCACACACACAUCAGUGAGCCAGAGCACAGAGCUGAUCUUUUAGAUACCACACUGAAAAAUAACUUCACGACUACAGUUUGUUAAGAGCUAAACUUCAAAGCUUAUUGAAAUGAGUAAGAGAUCUGUUCUUCUCAUGUGAAAUGAAUCAGAGCCAAGCCUUUGUGACUUCUUAGUACAACCAACUAAGAAACAAAUGAAAGACCAAGUGAGAACACAACAAAACGCCUUUCAAACAGAGAACAGCUGCCUGUGGGGCAACUCCAAUGGGGCCAGUGGUACCAACCCACACACCCCGUAGGCACAGCCCAUGUGACAGUGUUGGUCCAGCUCCUGAGGACAUCCCCAUGUUUAACUUCAGCUGCAGGACACUCUAAGGAUCAGUGCUGAGGGAUCCAGACCCCAAUUCUGCAGUUACAGUGAGUCAUAUUGACUUGUCUAUCUCACCCAACCCUUGUACAGUACAGAUUUUUUAUCUCAACAUUUGCAACCACACAGAAAAUGGUUUUAAAUUGUAAUUUUCCAGAGCAAACCAACUGUGAACAGAAUGUGCUAAUUACAGAAACACCAGAAAGAAUACUUUUACUUCUCAUGGAUUUAUUAUAAAGAAGAGAUCAAGCAGUGCUGCUUAUUUGUACUGGUGUAUCGUAAUGUUUCAUUUCCUGUCCAAUAAAUAAAUAAAUAUAACUUUUCAAAAAACACAAUAUGGAACUUGACUAAACUCUUCUUAUAAGCUUUGGUUUAUAAAAAUUUGGCUCAUAUCUAAAUUUUACAAAAAGAAAUAAUGGAUUUGGUAAGUUGGUGAAAUUACUCAGCUGAAAUUACUCAGACAUGUAAUGUCUUCAAAGAUACUGUGAAAAAGCUUUAAAUUAACAAUGAACAGAAAUCUGCUCCCUGUCUGGUCUUAGUUACAGAAAGGUUAUUGUUUUUCAGGAUAUUCAGAAAAAUUUCUUAUCUUCCUAAGAUUUUUUUUCAGGCAUUGUAAACAAAGAAAUUGCUUUUAAAUCAAAAUGGAAAUAUGAAUGAAAACGUUAUGUAUUUUCUCCAUUUUUCCUUACUUAAAAGAAAAAAAGUCACUGAAAGUGACAGAAAGUAAUAAAACCAGUAAUAGAAUGAUGACUUUAGCAGAUAGAUAAAGGACAAAUCCUACAUAAAACUGAAAAGAAUUCAACUAAAUGCCAUCUUGAAUUCUGGGAAAUGGUGAAAUCUCUCACGUGCUCUUAUGCACAGCCAAUUUUGGUGAAAAUAUGUUUGUCCCUUCACAACUGUGUAUCUUCUGCUGUGUCACUCUGAACCCUCUUAGUGCCUCUGGCACAGCAGAUCUACCCAGAUAUACCAAGUUUUGCAACAACCCAGGUGAUAAGGUAGGAAUUUCUAGACUUGCCAGUCUGAGGCCCUGAAAUGUGAAAUGUAUUUCAAAGCUCUGACCUGUAUGUGGUAUUUGGAACGUAGACAUCCCUGGCAGGAAACUCCAGGAUUUCUCUUGUAGGUCUGACUCUGCUGUCUGGGUAAAGCUUGACUUGUAGCAGCUCUGGAGUGAGACAGUAGUGGGGGUUCUCUGGAGCUGGAGAUAUGUCUAUCUUUAAUUGAGCUGUAAGAAGAAAAUUAUUUUAUUACAAUAAAUAGAAAUUAUUUAAACAAAAAAAGCAUAAUCAUGCUUUCCUUCUUCUGAUUAAUAUACUACAUGUUAAUUCCAUAAAUAAACAAAUGAUAAAUUACAGCCAAUGUGGAUUUUUUAAAAACAACUAUCAGCGAGUCAAACUGAUAUCUAGGGCAACUGGGGGACCAGAUAAUAAGGACCAACAGGAAAUAUGUAUCAUAAAAAGUCACAGAUGAUUUUUUCAUAGGCAAACUGGAGAAAUACAGUGUAGAUAAUGCUCCUGUGAGGGCCAACUAUUGUUACAAACAAAGGAAGGGUAUAGAGGAAGGGUUGAAGAACUCUGAGACUUGUCAGGCUACAAAACAGAGGUGAACAGCAUAAACUAAUAAUGGUAUUCAAGUGCUUGAAAGGUUGUGAUCACUGCCCUGAGGCUAUGACAGACCACAAUCAGUUUAAUUCGCAGCAAGAUAAUUUUGCCAAGUUUUCUUAAAGCUCAACCUGAGUGCAAGGACAGCUGAGCACCGGGGAGAUGAUCCAAGGAAGCAGCAGGAUUGCUGCCACUGGAGAUUUUUAAGAACAGGUUAAGUAAAUAUUGUCAGGAAUAGCACAGGUCAGGGACCAGUUUCACUGCUGGUGUGCCGGCAUUUCUGUUUCCCUUUCUCAAGCAGAGGUGGAGUCUGGUCCUACUAACCCAGGAGAGGGAUCUUCUUUUGGAUAGAGAGUGGAAAACAGGGUUCCUCAGUUUCUGCUGGGUUUUGGGCACUGGGAUUUGCAUCCUCCUCUCACAGAUACUAGUCUCAGUGUGACAGGAGCUGCAUGUGCACCUGUACCAGUGAAAAACCUGCCAAAAUGCACCUUAGUGCUCCUGGUCUGCCACGGAUUGGUGUCAAUGACUUCUUUAGGGUUCCUGGGUGACAACAACCAAAAACGGAGGGAAAUUGGGAAGGAUUAACCAAAUACCUUAACACGUGACCCAAAAGGAUCCCCUUUAGAUACCUGUGAUGGGUCUCAAUCUCCGCAGCACCGAUGACGGGCGUCUCAUGUCAGCCAGGAACUUGUACAGAUCCUCAUCACUCAGGCGAUCGCCCUCCUGUUGGGGUAGGAAGAAUUUGGUUAUCUAAACAACCCACCAGAACGGCCAGAGAGCGAAUAAACCAUCUCACUCUACAGUCUCUUUCCUCUGACAUCAAAAUGUACCGUCCCAGAACAAGGUGUUAACAUUAACAUGUUAAAUUACACUUCAUUUCUCCAUCCUUUUCCCUUCCUUUAUCCCUUAUUAAUCAUCGUGACAGCUACAGGAACUUUUAAUUGAAAACCUUUUCUCUCCCCAUCAAUAUUAUCUUUUUCAAAACUGAAAAUGGCUGUUAAAAGAUUUCCCAAAAAAUAUCCAUUUUUUAGAAAGUAUAAUAGUUUGAAAAAGUAUCUGUCAUUCAGGUAGUGAGCCUCAUUCCUCCUCCUCUGCCCUUCCUUUGGGAUGAGCCUAAAUGAAUCUUACUUUCCAGAAGUGUUAAGAAACAGUGGGAAGUGGAAGGAGUGUUGUAAGUCUUCCUUGUACCACAUUCUAGUAGCUCAGAGUUUUGUUAAUUUUGCAAACAUUACAGAAAAUGUGACUCUGUCACUCUUUAACUACCCCAAAGUAGAAGCUAUCUGCUAAAAAAGGUAAUAAAUCACAAUAUGAAAAAAAAAAAAAA